AUGUCGAGCCCCGAAGUGACACCCGACAAUGUCGCCGAGAUCCUGCGCAAUGACCGCAUGGUCAAGGUAGCCGGGAUCGACGUGGAUGGCCAGCUGCGCGGCAAGCUGAUGAAGAAAGACAAGUUCCUAAGCAUCGUGACCGAGGGCUUCGGCUUCUGCUCAGUGAUUUUCGGCUGGGACCAGCACGACCAAACAUACUACAAAGAACUGACAAUCAGCAACAAGGAGAACGGGUACCGUGAUCUCGUGGCCGUGCCAGAUCUGAGCAGUUUCCGCCGCAUCCCCUGGGAAGGGGAUGUGCCUUUCUUCCUGGUUAGCUUUCUCGACCCAGAUACCCGGCAGUCAGUCUGCGCGUGUCCGCGCGGGCUGCUGAAGACCGUCUCGGCCAAGGCGGAGGCGGAGGGCUACAAGGCCAUGGCAGGAGCCGAGUAUGAGUUCUACCAGUUCCGCGCGCCCGGUGACCAUUCAACACCCCAGCGGGCUGCUUCGCAUACUGCGUCAUUUCUCCAGAACAAUCCCGUCGACGCGUUGCCGCCGUUGACGGAGGGGAUGUUCGGGUACUCGAUUACUCGACCACUGCAUAACCAGGAUUACUACUAUGGCAUUUUUGAUGCCUGUGAGCAGUUCCGCUGCGAUAUCGAGGGAUGGCACACCGAGAGCGGACCGGGUGUAUUCGAAGCUGCACUACAAUUUGGCGAGGCCAAAGAUAUGGCCGAUAAGGCGGGACUCUUCAAAUACGUCGUAAAAGCCUACGGCAUCAAACAUGGCAUCACGCCGUGCUUCAUGGCCAAACCGCGACAAGGCCUCCCCGGCAACAGCGGACACAUGCACAUAUCACUGAUGAAAGACGGCCGCAACGCCUUCAUCCGCGACACCCCCGACCCCUCCCCGGCCUAUCCAGAUAUCGCGCACCUCUCCGAUCUCGGCCGACACUUCCUGGCAGGACUGCUGGUCGGCCUGCCGGACAUCAUGCCGCUCUUCGCGCCGACGAUCAACUCCUACAAGCGACUUGUGGAGAACUUCUGGGCACCCGUGACCGUAUCCUGGGGCCUGGAGCACCGCGCCGCCUCGAUUCGCAUCAUCAGCCCGCCGACGGCCAGUCCCAAAGCCACGCGCUUCGAGGUGCGGGUGCCCGGCGCCGACGCUAACCCGCAUUUUGUGCUUGCGGCUGUCAUGGCGCUGGGCUGGCGUGGUGUGGAGAAGAAGUUGGAGAUUCCGGUGCCGCCGCUAUCCAAGGGGGAGGAUAUGGGUGGUGCGAGUGAUCAGGGGGUGCGGCUAGCGAAGAGUUUGAAGGAGGCAACUGCGACGUUUAUGCGGCCGGAGAGUGUGGCGCGGGAGGUGUUUGGGGAUGAGUUUGUGGAGCACUUUGGCGGUACACGGGAGCAUGAGGUUAGGCUUUGGGAGGAGGCUGUUACUGAUUGGGAGGUGCGGAGGUACAUCGAGACGGUAUAG